AUGCGGGAGCUGGCGGCGAAGAAGCAGGAGGAGGAGGAAAUCAACGCGCCCGUCGUGAGCGAGAUCCCCGACUUCUCGGCCCCGCUGUCGGUCAUCAAGUACCCGGACCCGCGUCUCCGCGCGACGAACGCGGACCUCUCGCCGGAGUGCUUUGACGACCCGCGGCUGCAAGAGCUGGCGCAGGCGAUGUUCGAGGUGAUGUACGACGACGACGGCGUGGGCCUCGCGGCGCCGCAGGUCGGCGUGAACGUCCGCCUGAUGGUGUUCAACGAGGUCGGCGAGCGCGGGAAGGGCGAGGAGGUGGUGCUUAUUAACCCAAGGAUCGUCACCAAGUCGAAGAAACAGGUCUUGGGAGAGGAGGGGUGUUUGUCGUUCCCUGGAAUCUAUGGCGACGUGAAGCGGUCGCAGACGAUCAAGGUGCGCGCGGUGGGCGUGGACGGGAAGAAGAUCGUGCUGGACCUGAAGGGCUACGUCGCGCGGAUCUUCCAGCACGAGUACGACCACCUCCAGGGCAAGCUGUUCCCGGACCGCAUGUCCCCGGAGGUGUUCAAGACGGUCCGGGGGGAGUGCAAGGCCAUGGAGGAGGUGUAUUUGAAGGACCACCCCGAUACGGAGAUCAAGCGGUACAAGUGA